AUGUCCGUAAGCGACGAAUUUCAAGCUAAUAUUGAAGCCUUGCCGAAUAUACUGCAAAGAAAAUAUGCCUUACUGCGAGACUUGGAUAACAGCUUACAAGAAAUACAGAGGCAAAACGAGCAGCGUUGUGAGCAAGAAAUAGGUGAUAUGAAGCGCAGUAUAAAGUCCGGUAGCAUCACUCCAAAUUCAUUUCUCCUCAAAUUCUCUGAUGAUGCUCUUGAUGAGCAGAAACAUGCCAUCAGGAUUGCUGAUGAAAAAGUCGCAUUGGCUGUCCAAGCUUAUGAUUUGGUGGACACUCACAUUAACCAGCUUGAUCAAUAUUUGAAGAAAUUUGAUGAAGAUCUCCGUCGUGAAAGAGAUAACAUGGCUGGCAGUGGAUCUCCUCAAAUGCAAGAUAACAACGUGAAAGCUGGAAGGUCUGGCGAAACUAGUAACAGAGGGCGUAAAAAGACACGUAUGGCUACGAGUGCUUCUGGCUCAGCCUCGGCCUCAGGAAAUGCAGGUGCACCAACAGCAAUAAACACAACUAGCAUGGAAUUGGAUCUACCAGUUGAUCCCAAUGAGCCGACGUAUUGUUUGUGCAACCAAGUCAGCUAUGGAGAAAUGAUUGCUUGCGACAAUCCUGAUUGCAAGAUUGAGUGGUUCCACUAUGGCUGUGUAGGGCUAAAAGAACCACCAAAAGGGAAAUGGUAUUGCUCGCAAUGUGUUGGAACCCAAAGACGUCGGAAAACAAAAUAA